UGGAGUCGUAUUGUACGUGUUUUUCGGAAAGGUGCGCAAAAAAGAAUUAACCAGUGAAGAAGAAGUGAUAGACAAAAAUUUUGUGAUUGUGACAGUGUUGUGGUUUCAUAUACAUGCAUACAUAUAUACCUGAUAAGCCACAACCGCGACUGAUAAGGCCACAUUAAGGCAGAUAUUUUAGAGUAACAAUUUCAAUUGGUGGCGCAUUCAGGCAGUGAUGAUCUCAUUAUGUAGUGAAUAAGUGAAAACUUAGUAGGGAAAUUCAUCUAAACACGUGAAUGCCUCUGAAAAACACAUAAAAACGGCUGCACCCAACGAAAGUGCCAUUUAACGAAAAUAUUUAUUUUACUUUUAACGAACAAAAACUUAACGAAUAUAUUUUUUAGAAGAAAAAAAGAAGCACACAUAAUUAUACAUAAAAAUGCGUUUUAAAAUCGUGCUAGCCUUAACGCUAGCCUUUACCCUAGCUGGCUUAGUCAUAGCGAACGAGAAUUACUCAUCGGAACUCGAAAAUGAUACUCAAGCUAUUGAUACGAAAUUAAAACUGUCUAAGGAUGCGGAACUUGUUGAAAUGAUACCGGAAAUAGUGCAAGAACAAGCGAAACCCACACUGAAACCGGUGACGACAACGGUUGCGCCAACAACAACUAAAGCAACAACGCCAAAACCUAUACCAAACGUGGCGAUAGAGCCACGCAUGCGUAAUGGUGUUACUCCCAAAAAUAUGACUCACAAUUUCUUGCAAAGAACAGGAGCAUUGAAAGCAAGCCAAGACUUCUAUCUUGGCGAGUUGGGUUUCGAUGUGGACACAGACAACGGAUACGAUUGGUCUAAUAACAACAAUCCUGUCGCACCACCAAAUACACCAUCUCACGCCGCUGGUGGUUAUACCAUAACCGCGCAACGUUUGCAGCAGAUCCGUUCGAAUUUAAUGUACUGGUAUUUCGAUCAGGAUAUGUAUGGAGGCCGUGGUGACUAUCAAUCCGAUAUACAUGCUUCGAUGACACAGUUGCAUAAGAAUUUGAAUUUCCGUUUGCCAUUUUUUGGUUUCAUCUACAAUUAUACGCGGCUUUCACUCAACGGCUACUUGGAGUUCUCAGACCCACCCGAAUAUCUAACAUAUCCACUUGUUUUCCCCAUCAAGGAUUGGCCAAAGCGACGUGAUCCCGCGUUUAUUGGUAUAUGGUUCUCGAAAUGUCGCGUGGGGCGCAUUUAUCCCACAGAUAUUGAUCAGCGUACACCAGGCGUUUAUUUCCGCCUGGAACGUGAUCUGAUCACACGUACCGACCGUUUUGGUGUUGAGGUGCGUGAACGUACCAUGUGGGAUAUACGUGAGGGUGUCGUUGGUGCUGAGACAUUCAUACCGAAACAUGUGGUUAUCGCUACAUGGAAAAAUGUUUCGUUUGCUGGCGGUAUUGACAAUGCGCUUUAUAGGACUAACACGUUCCAGAUGGUUUUGGCCACUGAUGAAGUAUACACAUAUGCCAUAUACAAUUAUGAUUUACUGAGAUGGUCUUCGAAUACGGAGGCAGGUGGCGAUACAACGACGGGUGAAGGCGGAGUACCCGCUUUUGUGGGCUUCAAUGCCGGCAAUGGCACACGAUCCUACGAAUAUACGCCAUACAGCCAACAGAUGGUGAUACGUGACUUAACGGGACGUGGUUGGGGCAAUGGUUUCCCAGGACGCCAUCUUUUCCGCAUAGAUGAACAAAUUUUAAUUGGCUCUUGUAAUAAGGAUAUCGAUGCUUCACAUUUGCCGCUGACAUUUGCACCAGAAGCUGGAAAUAUGCUUGGUGGCACUGUGGUCAACAUUACCGGCCCCUGUUUCGAUCCAAAGAAACGCGUGACUUGCCACUUCGAUACAGAAGAUGUAUUGGGUACUUAUGUGAGUACGAAUCGUGUGAUUUGCGUGCAGCCAUUCUUAAAGGCGGAAGGUUGGGUGCGUUUUGAGAUUUCAAUUGGCAAUCAGCGUUUCAAAUGGCGUGGCAAAUACUUUGUGGAAACUCCCGCUUUGGCUACAGAGAAAAUUUUCUUCGAAACGGAAGAUGUACACCAGAAGUCUCCCGAUCAAAUACAAAUCAGCUGGGAUCCUUAUAAUUUGACUUCGAAUGGAAAUGCUAAUAUAAUGAUCUCUCUUUGGGGCUAUCGUGAAGUAACCAUUUAUCCACAAUUGGAGUAUAUUGAUGUAAUCGAGGCUGGUUUAACCAACACUGGCUCAUAUGUGAUUUAUCCCAAUAACUACAUAAAUCGCAAUAAUUACAACAACGAUCUGCAAUUCGGUUUCUUGCAAAUCAACCUAACCAAUCCACAACAGUAUUCGGGGUUGAAGAUCAGUCCUACUCUUUGGUCACGCCCCAUUCCACUUGGCUGGUAUUUUAAUAAACAAUGGGAACGCAAACACGGACUGCGUUGGCCCCAGGCGCUCUGCGAGAAUUGGAUGCGAAAUGACCGUUAUUUAAGAACAUUUACUGGAGAUUUGCCGCUCUGCCCUUGUACACUUGAGCAGGCCGUUUACGACAAGGGACGUUAUCGACCAGAUAAGGAGUGCGACAAGGAUUCGAAUCCAACAUGUUUGCAGCAUAAAAAUGCCAUACAUUGUGUUGUUAGCGGAACUCCAGUCGCCGAGGGUGCCGAACAGCAGUGCUGUUACGAUCGUUAUGGCUAUCUCAUGUUGACACAGGAUCAAGUGUGGGGCUCACGGCCACGUCGUAAUCAUAAUCUUGGAAAAAUGCCUUGGAAUGAGGCUGGUAAAGUACCAACACUCUCAAAUUGGUUCCACGAUAUGCGUCCUUGGUAUUCGUGUUGCCAUUGGCAGCAAGAGCAGUCGGUGAACUGUGAAACCUUCCGCUUUGAGCGCCGUCCCUCGCAAGACUGUGUCGGCUAUCAGGCACCAGGAGUGGCCGGAGUGUUCGGCGAUCCACAUUUCAUCACCUUCGAUGGCACACAAUAUACUUUCAAUGGGUUGGGCGAAUUUGUGUUAUCGCGUAGCAUUGCCGCCGAUCAACGCUUUGAGGUACAGGGUCGUUUUGAGCAAGUGCCCAAGAACCAAUAUGGUCAGGUAAUGGCCACACAGCUCACUGCUAUGGCGAUGCGUGGUAAUACGACCACUACUAUUGAGGUGCUUUUGCGUCCGAAAUUUGCACGCUGGCGCUAUGCUUUGGACGUGCUGGCCGAUGGACGGCGUAUUUAUUUCGAUCGUGAGAGUAUGAGAUUCCAGCACUUUGAUGGUGUUACGGUUUAUACGCCCACUUACUUGCUUAAUCAGUCACAAGUUGUGGUUAUGUUCGAUUCAGGUGUGGGAGUGGAAGUGGUCGAGAAUGAGGGUUUCAUGACAGGACGAGUAUAUUUGCCGUGGACCUUUAUAAAUAAAACCGCUGGUCUAUUUGGUAAUUGGUCGUUUAAUGCGAUAGAUGAUUUAGUUUUACCCGACGGCACCAUUGCAAGUGUCAACUUGAACAAUUUCCAACAGAUAUACUAUAAUUUUGGCUUGAAAUGGAUGUUGGCAGAUCGAAACAUACCCGGUGUAGGUACGGCACUUUUUUCGCGUGAAAAUGGCCGCACAGCAAGCUACUAUUCAAAUGCGUCGUUUGUGCCGAACUUUACAAAGGAGCCACAAGAUUUCUUGCCGUCGAAUCGAUCGUAUGAUGUGGAACGCGCUGAAGAGUUAUGUGGCGAAAGUUAUCAGUGUCGCUAUGAUUACGGUAUGACAUUAAAUUCGGACAUGGCGCAUUUUACCAAAAACUACUACGAUAGUUUGGUCAAUAUAAGGAAUUUGAAUUCGAAACGCAUUGUAUCGUGUGGCGUCUUGGAGACUCCUCGCUUUGGCCGCAAAUUGAGUUUUGAUUUUAUGCCAGGCGCUAAGAUUGCAUUCGAGUGUGACGAAGGCUUUGUAAUAAUGGGCGAUCAACGUCGAGAGUGUAUGGCUAAUGGGCUGUGGAAUGUGCCAGAAUUUGGUUACACGUAUUGUUUGCGCGAAGUCUUCUACACACGCCGCGUCGCCUUUAUCGCCAUUGCCAUUAUUGUGGGCGUCAUAUUGCCGUUGAUGGUGUGCAUUGUUUGUGGUAUUUAUCGCUUCCGUCAGAAACAACUCAAAGAGGAUCCUGCUUGGCAGAUGACAAUACCACGUUCACGCGCCUCUUCGCGUUCCAAUUUGCGUCAGCUGAGUGGACCGGAUGACGAUAGCGAUACGGAUGCAACGGGUACACUCAAGAAAAGUAGGUCAUAUGAUAAAGUAUAUCGUACGAAUGAACCACUACCGGGCAAACCCCGUAUUGACUUUCCAGCUAAGAAAUGGGAUCUGGAUGAUGAGGAUGUGACCUCGUCCGAAGGUAGUGAAAAUAAAGAUACAAAAGUAGCUAGCGAUAUUGAAUACGUUAAUAAAACAGGUGACAAGCCGCGUCAAAUGGGCAGACGUUCGUUGCGCGACAAUUCGGGCACCGAUCAUGAUCAACACGACGAAGAUGGCACUGCUAUUGACGAACCAGCGCAAGGGCAGGAGCAUGAGGAGCAAGGGCAGGCGCACGAUACGACAAAUGCUGCGUACCAUCAGCCACCCUCACCUGAGACAGAUGACGAAAGAAACAUGCCACAGCAUAGUGUCAACUUGCAGAGGCAAUAUAGUCCAACAUUUAGUGGUGCCGAUAGUCGUAACAGUUCCGUAAAUUAUCAACCGAAUGCGGCAUUACAAAAUCGCUUUGGCGGUGUACCAGUGCUGCCCAACAAUACACAAUUCUUCAAUCGUCCACCUUCGAAUAUACCGGCUGGCGGUACGGGAAUAUCUUUGCGUCAGGCGAAUAAUGGCGCACCACAAACAACGACAGCGGUGCCAUUGACGCAGGAUACUGGUUUGCCAUCGCCACCAUAUGCUGCUUCGCCUACGCCAUCUGUACAACGCUCCACUGAGGUUUAAAUAAA